GAGCUCGGCCUGACUGUGGGAGUGAAUCUAAAGACCGGCUGUUUGUUGUCAUCAAGAUGGAGUUUCUGCUGGGGAACCCGUACAGCACCCCGGUGGGGCAGUGUAUCGAGAAAGCCACAGAUGGCUCCCUUCAGAGCGAGGACUGGACGCUGAACAUGGAGAUCUGUGACAUCAUCAACGAGACAGAAGAAGGGCCAAAAGAUGCGAUCCGCGCCUUAAAGAAAAGGUUGAAUGGAAACAAAAAUUACAGAGAGGUCAUGCUGGCAUUAACGGUAUUAGAAACCUGCGUGAAAAACUGCGGCCAUCGCUUUCACGUGCUUGUGACGCACCGCGAUUUCAUUGACGGGGUCCUUGUGAAGAUCGUCUCCCCUAAGAACAACCCGCCAACCAUCGUGCAGGACAAAGUGUUGGCUCUGAUCCAGGUGAGACCUCCAACUUUUCGGAGCAGUCCGGACCUCACUGGAGUUGUGCAUAUUUAUGAAGAGCUGAAGAGGAAAGGAAUUGAGUUUCCUAUGGCAGAUCUGGAUGCGCUGUCUCCUAUACACACGCCGCAGAGGAGUGUUCCAGAAGUGGAUCCAGCUAUGAACAUGCAUACUUCUCAGACCCAACAGCGGGCCGACACUGGAACCUUCUCCACCAUUCCCUCCUCUCCGUCACCAUACACCCCCCCGGCAGGACCACCACCGAAUGUGGGAGGACCAAUUACUGCCAACUCUGAGCAGAUCGGCCGUCUGAGGAGUGAACUCGAUAUAGUACGUGGAAACACUAAAGUCAUGUCUGAGAUGCUAACAGAGAUGACCCCGGGCCAGGAGGAUGCAUCAGAUCUGGAACUGCUACAGGACCUAAACAGGACCUGCAGGGCAAUGCAGCAAAGGAUUGUGGAACUGAUCUCCCGAGUGUCCAAUGAGGAAGUAACCGAGGAGCUGCUCCAUGUGAACGAUGACUUGAACAAUGUCUUCCUCAGAUAUGAGAGGUUUGAACGCUACAGAACAGGCCGCACUGCACAGAACACUAAUGGGGUCCUGAGUGAGGUCACCGAGGACAACCUUAUAGACCUCGGCCCAGGGUCACCAGCUGUGGUCAGUCCAAUGGUGGGCAACACGGCCCCAGCAUCACUAACCACCCAACUCGGUGGGCUUGAUAUGGGUACGAAUACCGUGACCUCUACACUUAGUACCCUCCCAGCCACCAAUCCCGUCCCAGCCACCAAUCCAAGGGAUGACUUUGAUAUGUUUGCACAGACGAGAACCAACUCCCUGGCUGAUCAGCGGAAAAAUGUUACGUACGAAGACCCUCAAGCUCUCGGAGGGCUGGCGUCGGCUCUGGAUGUCCGGCAGCAGAACACAGGAGGGAUUCCCGUGGCACAGGCCUCGGACAUGGAUGACCUAGAGGAAUGGCUCGGUACAGACGUGAAAGGGGAAGAGCUGGAGGAAGGAGUGACAAGUGAAGAAUUUGAUAAGUUCCUAGAAGAGCGGGCCAAGGCAGUCGAAAGGUUACCAGAUCUCCCAUCCCCUCCCAGCACAGAGCCCGUCAUGCCGGCCAUCCCGGCCAACCGAAAGAAGCAGGAACGGGCCGACGAUACGCUAUUUGCAUUGUAAAUAAUGUCACUUCUGUAUAGCGCUCAUUGCACUCCCCACCCACCGCCGCACUCAGACGCCCCGAUCUGUCCUUUAGCCGCGCAAACUUAAACUGGGGCCAUCAGUUCCUCUGUGGAAGCCAU